AUGCAGCAAACCUGUAACUUCCUUGGUAUUAAACAAGAACUUAUUCCUGUUUAUCACCCUCAAGCAAAUCCCUCCGAACGAAAGAACAGAGAUUUAAAACCCAAACUAGCUAUACUAGUCGGUGAUGCUCACGAUACUUGGGAAGAAAAACUGCCCAUGAUUCGUUUUGCCAUGAAUACAGCAAUAUGUGACACUACAGGUCAUACCGCUGCUUAUUUGCAAUUCGGAAGAGAACUUAGGACGACGGAUGACGUUAAUCACGAUUUAAGAGCACUUAUUGAAAACGACAACUUUGUUGCUGAAAUUACGCCGUAUCUGAAAGAAUUCGCUCGUUUGACACCUCAAAUUAGGGAGCGUGUCGAACAAAAACAAGACAAAGGAAUACUUUGA